GGUAUAACUACAUUCUAUCUGAGCUUCCGAUGCCUUCACAUGAUCUACUUGAUAGUUACAUGCAUUGGUACCGAUCAAAAUAUGGGGACCACUUGAACUUGUCAAAUCUUGUGGGUCAAGAUAAUGAUGAAGGUGAUCAGGAUAUGGAGGAAGGUGAUCAGGAUUUGGAUGAGGAUAAUCAGGAUACCGAUGAGGGUAGUCAGGAUAUGGAUGCUGACAAUCAAGUAGAAGAGCCACAUUCGCCGCAUAUAUUACCUCCAACCCCGAUUCCAGAAGAACAACCUCAGUCCUCAAGCUAUUAUGUACCUCAAAUACAGUUCCCCCCAUCAGUUCCAAUCAGUCAACAAUAUUGGGGUACCUCACAAUUUGAAACAGGAGAAGGAGGUUCUUUUAGCCAGUUGCUUGGGUUGAUGUCUGCAGAUCCUGGACUACCACAAUAUGGCCAACAGCCUGACUUCAUGGCUGGUAGGUAUUCAUUGGAUGCGAGGUAUCCGGGCCAUACAUCAUCGGUUGCUUCUGGGGGGUUUGUGUCGGUUGACUCUAGUAGGAGUGAUGACGGACGCGGAGCUUUUUUUAGCCAGAAUCCUAACCGUGUAUCCAUGGGACUCAUUGAAGAAGAUGCUAACACACUCGAGAGGGAGACAGAUGCGUAUCUAGUAGAUGACCCGGAUGACGAGGAGGAUCAUGAUGACGAUGAAAUAGAUGAGUUCGACGAGGAUGAGGAAUCUCGUAAUGAUGGUCAUGCACGCACUCCAGAUGAAACCUCCAAAGGUUACAAUCUGAGGAUUGAUCCACCACGUCGCAGUGCUAGUCGCUACACUCCAUCUGUCUUCAAAAAGGCGGCCAAGAAAUGCAAGAAUUUAGUCAAGGAUGUGAAGUGGGCCAUGAGAAAGUAGUUGUGUUGUAACUUAUUUAUUUAAGUAGUAAUCACGUGGACCAUGUUGUAUUUAUGUUGUAUGUUUAGAGUAUGUACGCACUACAUUUAUGUUGUAUGUUUAGAGUAUUUAUGCACUACGGACACUA